AUGCAGGAAUUGCUGGCCUGCUUGCCUCCUCAGAAAGCAUGUCGAGAGUUGGUGUCCACGUAUUUCUCCUCUUUCGCCUCUCUAUUCCACAUUCUUCACGACCCGACUUUCCAGAGACAAUACAGCUACUUUCUCGAGGAUCCACAUUCGAUGCCGUUGGCCUGGAUAGCGCUCCUGUACUCUCUCCUGGCCACGGCGAUCCUUGCUCUCCCGCCUGACAGUGAGCUCCUCUCCGACCUCAGCAGGAAGAAGACACCUUUGGAGAUGUCUGCAGAGCUGACGCAGCGCUACCGAGAUAUGGCUGUGAGAUGCCUCGAGGCAGACCACUACCUGUGGAACCACAGUGUCACAACAUUGCAAGCCCUGGUCAUACUGAUUUACGGUAUCAACCAUAGCCAUGGCCAAACAUGGACUUUGAUAGGUCUCGCUCACCACCUUGCUUUGGGCAUAGGCUGUCAUGUUGAUCCGAAGACGCUUGGCCUGGGCGCGGUUGAGAGCGAGGAACGGCGAAGGUGUUGGGCUGGCUUAAUGAUGCUGUACACCAACCAAAACACUGCGCUCGGUCACAUUGCCAUGCCACACACGGCCUUGUACGCAACGUCGAGACCACCGGCAGAUGCCAACGAUGAGGAUAUCGGCGCGAACGGUCCGCGGCCCACGCAAAUGCGGAGGAAGGCAACCCAGAUGACAUACCUCUUACUCAAGUUCAGGUUAUACGACCUGUGCGCCGAAAUCUGCGAUGGAGUCUUGCGUAAGAAGACGCCCAACGUAGACGUGGUCAGAGAAAUCGACAAAGUCCUACAGGAAGAGCGGCGCUCAUGGGAAGCACGACUGCUGGAGGCUGCGGACACUGGCCCGAUGCCAGUCCAUCACUCCGCGCACCUGAACAUCCUGUACAGCUACUCUAAUCACUUGACACUACUGCUACAUCAACGUCAGGCGCUCGACCCAAGCUUCGAUCCUGCUACAGCGCAGUGGGCUCGCAACCGCUGCUUAGAAGGCGCAAAGCAUCUGCUCGAAGUGCACGCAGCCCUGAAUGAAGCACCUGAGCUGUCACCGUUCAGAUGGUAUGGACGGGGUUUGGGGAGUUUUCAUGCUUUCCACGCCGCGACACUUCUCACGCAUCUGCUUCGAAUUCAGUUUGCCCAAGAGGAAACGAGUGAUUGCGUCAAUCUACUGAAAAGAUGUCUGCGUAGGUUCGAGAGCCUGGCGGAGUACAGCGCGGUGUGCACCAAGGCUUUGCCCGUCCUUCAAGCAUUAGUACAUUCUCUUCCAGCACAAGCUGAGGAGACAAGGCUCAGUGGUCCCAAGGAGACUUCGCAACAGCCUCAUAGCCUUUCUGCAAUGCUACCUCGUCAGGGACAGCCGUAUCAGGCUCUCCCCACCUACCACGGCCAAGCGCACAAUGCAAUGCACGAUACCACAUGCUAUGACCUAAACGCUCUACUGUGGCGAUCUCCGCCUCAGCAGUGGUUGACGCCCGCGAACCUGCCGUGGGCCGACUGGACUGAUGCCGCGCAUAAUCACAUGAUGCCCAUUCUCGGCUGA